GUAUUAUCACAUCUGCUAAAAAUGGUCCGCGACGAAUUCGAAUCUUCAGACGCCUCGAGCACCUCGUCAAUCGAUGAGUUGUUGCGUGAGGACAGUGAAGGCUGGGAGGAUGCUGAGCCCGAAGAGUAUGAAGAAAUUCAAGUCAAGGACUUUUUCAGCGACAAGACAUUUCCCGAUGCUGCUUCUAUGAUCAAGUAUGCUGCCGAACAACACAACUUUGAUUUCAUCAAGAUAACAAAAGACUUUGGUNGUCUUGACUUCUUUGGUGCUAUUAAGCUUGUCAACUACAUUCGUGGAGAGGCCAAGAAUGGCAAUCAGAAGCCUGAUGUUUCCUCAAAAGCUCUGUUCGAUGACGACAAAUACAUGCAACCUAUUCUGGAAGACGAUGCCCUGCUUUNNUUCUCUCUGGACGAUGUCCUGGAUUCUGAAGACGCUGCUGCACAGGAUCUGCCUAUCGGUUCGUCAAGCGACAAGACCGCUCAGCUCGAAGCUGAACUGGACCGUCUGCGCGCACAAUUUGCCGAGUACAAGUUGACCGUCGAAAAGACCCUGGAUGACCGCUGGAAUGAGCCUGCCAAAGAAGGCGAGGCUGGAUCGAGCAACACCAAGAACGAGAACCACCAGGACCCUGGAUAUUUUGACUCGUACUCAUACAACGACAUUCAUCAGACUAUGCUUCAAGACACUGUCCGUACAGACGCUUACAGAGACUUUAUCUACGCCAACAAGCACCUUUUUGCCGGCAAGACUGUGCUUGACGUUGGCUGUGGUACUGGUAUUCUUUCUCUCUUCUGCGCCAAGGCUGGUGCCGCUCGUGUUAUCGCUGUCGACAACUCUGAGAUUAUCAACAAGGCUCGCGCCAACAUUGCUAUGAACGGUCAGUCCAAGACUAUUACCUGCGUCAGGGGCAAGAUUGAGGAGAUCCAGCUGCCUGAUGGCAUUGAGAAGGUCGACAUUAUUGUCAGCGAAUGGAUGGGUUACUGCUUGCUGUACGAGGCCAUGCUUGACUCUGUUCUCUACGCCAGAGACAGAUAUCUCAAGCCCGAUGGUUUGAUGGUCCCCAGCCACUGCACCAUGCACCUCGCUCCUCUUGCCGACCAAGACUGGAUCUCAGACAACAUCACCUUCUGGAGAGACGUCUACGGUUUCGACAUGACUUCCAUGAUGGAGAAGAUCUACGAAGACACACUGGUCCGCUACCCCAACAAAGACACCAUCGUCGGCAGAUCGACAGACGAGCUCCCCUUCAAGGUCCUCGAUCUCCACACCGUCACAGUUGCCGACCUCGACUUUACCUCGGACGUCAGCUUCACCCUCAACAAGGACAUUGACAACCUCGAUGGUUUCUGCACCUGGUUCGACACUCUCUUCUUGCAAUCACGCAAGGACGAGAUCCCCGCUGGCAUGCUCCGCGGAGUCAAGCCUCCCAAGACCGACGAGGACAAGACCGUCUUCUUCACCACCGGCCCCUUCGGCCCCGAGACCCAUUGGCGCUGCGGUGUCUUGAUGAUCGACGCAACCGAGAAGGACGAUCAGACUCUCAAGCAAGGUACUAUUAUUGAAGGUAAGGUCACCUUCAAGAAGAACAAGGAUGCCAAGCGCAACCUCAAUAUCUCGAUGAACUGGGAGAUCAAGGGUACCGAGACCAAGGACAAGCAGCUCUGGUACAUGAGGUAG